AGCUGCCGGUCAACAAAUUUAGAGAUUUUGUGUAACACAGAAAGGCACCAAGAGAUACUAGAAUCCAGUGCGGAAUCGUGAUACUCCUGGUCAAAGAAAGAGAAGGCAGCGAUGGAAGAGUACAAGAAUUUGAUAUGGUCGAGACAUAAUCCGCGGUCGGAAGGAAAACUGCUGGAACAAGCGUCGAUCGAUUUCGCUGACUAUCCCAAUGACAUCUUUAAUCUUCAUAUUAACGAAAUCGACCCGGUCCAUCAGAUCGAGAACAUUCGCACACUGAUGGACGAGUCGGCCCUUUUCCUGCCGACGGAAAUUCCAACUGACCCUCGCACGGGACAAAAAGUGCAACAGUUGGAAGUGAAAUGUGCGAGAUCGUACCUUCUGUUCAAUAAGUUUCCAUCCGGUUCGGUUCUAACGCGUGACGAACAUCGGCAUUGUCUCACGGUACAGAACCGUAUAAACUUGCGCUUACCCUUUACCACCGCGCAAGAAAAGAAGAAUUAUGAACGAUAUCUGGAACUGAUGGAUAAGCUUGCUCCGGAAAAGGAAAUGUUUGACAGAUUUGUGAAGAAUUACUUCAACACGAACUUAUUGCGCCGUGUGCAAACGAUCGAGCCUGAGCUGAACUCGUUGGUGGUUAAAAUUUGGAAGGAAAAAGUGCAAGAACGUUUAGCAGUCGAGCGUGAGCUAGGUGGCAAAUACAUUCUGAUGGCCGUUGUUCCAUUUGACGGUAGCGUACAAAACGAAGUCAAUGUGGAGUUUAAACCAAGUGAACAAGAGGUACAUGAAACCGGCACCGUGCGGAAUCUUUUCGACCAGAACGUUAUACGAUGUGCUACGCUGAAGAGAAAUGAGCGAGUUUUGGAUAAUUUCACAACGGAAUGGUGUACGGCACGAUGCACACGGGAGGAACAACUGGCUAACAUAUACGGCGUGUUGCAGCAACUACCGGACGUUUCCUUUGUUCUGCCGGCUGGUGCUCUUACACUUUUACUAAACUAUGCCCAAAACAUGCACGAACAGUGGACGAUACCGUUCGAAAUUAAAAUGUUUAAUGGACGAAAGGUGCUGAUAAUGGACAGUAGACAUCCUCCGAAUAGGCUGUCCACGCACGCCAGGAAAGUGAAAGCGUACAAACUGCUCGUUAAAAGUUAUACGACCUUCAAGGGAUCGAAACAUCAGACAGAGUCUUAUAAAUGUGUCGACAAAGAUAAGAAUUCGAUGCAGAAGCCAUUCAAACCGUUGCUAUUUGAUGAGUAUAUGAAAACAAUGGCACACAAAAAAUCUUCCGUGGCGCAAGAAAAUCAUCGAGAGAACAGAUUUUAUCAACAUUGGGUAUUAAAUGAUCCGGAUGGUGAGCACCAUAUGAUGGUAUACUUUCGGCAAGAUUGCUACGAGUCGUUUCGUAAAAUGCGUGCUUUUAUGAACAUCUCUGUAAAGAUCGAAUAUCAACCAGAGUUUGGUGCGGAACAGAUGACCCUAGCAGAGCUUUUGCAAGAAUGGUCCCGACAGCUUUUGAGGCCUAAUUCUAAAACGAUGCGAUUACGGAUUGACGGCACAACGUCCACGAUCAUCUCCCAUCACUACCUCCAGAUGUGCGAUAUUGAGGAAGAACUUUAUCGACUGUACAGCAUGAAGCCAUGCAAUCUAAUCACGAAUGUGUGGAAAAUGUUGAAACUGAUGGGAAAUUUUCCUACCGGGACCUACCUGCUGCAUCGCGAUGGCAAAAGUACUCAGGGUCCAUCGGUAUAUGGGAAAACGAUAGAAAAAUCUGGUCAAACGGAUAGUACUUUAGGGGUCAGUUUGAAUUGGGUCGAUCUCUUAAGCCAAGUACAGUACGAUUGUUCACCGCUGGAACAGUACGAUUGGAUCCCAAUCGAUAAGUCCAUAAUAACGAAACUUCAUCGGAUAAACACGAUCUUCCCGUGCAGUUUUCCACACUGGACGUCUGUCCGGCGGUUAGAUUCACGAGUGAAUCAAAUAAAGGCGAAAGCAGUCCAAACGAAGCCCAUUAACACAAAGAAAACAAAUUCGCAGAAAGCCACGAAAUCCACGCCAGCCAACAAAGUCCUGACACCGGGACAGCAAAUGCGCCGCGAAAAGAUGAAGCUGCGAAAGCAGCUUGCCCGCGAGCGACAACAGAAAGCGGAAAAGAUACAACAGUCGCUAAAUCAAUUUGCCCCCUAUGUGGGGUCGACUUGUUCGAAAAAUGUAGAAAAUACUGUAGAAUUUAAGGAGUCUGAAACUGCUGGAAAUAGCACUGGCGGAAAGGAGCUUCCGAAAUAUCAAACUCUUACAAAGGUCGAUUACAAUUCGUACGUGGAACAAGCCGCAAUAAACUCAGAAGAGCAGGAGUAGUAAAACUGUUGUGGAAGAA